AGAAAGAAUGGGUUUAAAACUAUUCCUAAAAUUGCUUUACCCUUCACAGUUUCAAGAUUUCCUCUUUCUUUUUCUAGACCUGUCUUCCCUCAGCUACUUCCCUUUUCUACUCUCUCUCUCUCUCUUCUCCCUUUCUCUCUCCUAAAAUUUGUUUAGCCAUAGCCAUAGCCAUAGCCAUUUACAAGCUUUUCAUAGACCAACCCAUUAAACGAAAUAUUAAAAAAAAUUGCCUUUUUAAUCUCUUUUUUCCAUAAUUUCUUCAUUGGGUUUUGUUUUUUCUCUUCAAAUUUUCAUUCUAAUGGCCUAACAAAUUCAGGGUUUCUUUUCUUCUCGAUAAUAAAGAGUAGAAAACAAAUAAAAAUUCUAACUUUAUCAUUAUUAUUAUUCUCCUCUUUGUUUUCCUCUGUUUUUAUAUUUUUCAAGAACGAUCUGAAAGAGGAACGAAGUGAUGAUGUUGGAUCUCAACGAUUCGAUUACGAACCGCGACGAAACGGCCGCGAGUCGGAUCGUAAUGGAAGAUUCCGAGACUUCAAAUUCUUCCGUCGUUAAUGCCACCGACGAGGUGUCCAACAGCAGAGACGAAGAUUCCUCUGUUCUAAUCUUCGAUAUUCUCAAAAGAGAAAGUUCCGGCGGCGGCAGUGGCGGCGGCGCGUCGUCGGAAUUAGUGACUCAGACGCUUUUUCCAGUCGUCGGAGGAUGGGGGGAUUCUGGGUCUCCAGUGCCUAGAACCCAUUGGUUGAACUUGUCGUCGACGGCAGAUUCCGGCGGCGGUGGUGGACCGCCGGAGUUGAGAAUUGUACAGCAGAAACAACAGCAGGUGAGAAAGAGCCGCCGUGGACCACGCUCCCGGAGCUCGCAAUACCGGGGAGUUACCUUUUACCGGCGAACCGGAAGAUGGGAAUCUCAUAUUUGGGAUUGUGGGAAACAAGUUUAUUUGGGUGGGUUUGACACAGCACAUGCUGCAGCAAGGGCUUACGAUCGAGCGGCAAUCAAGUUUAGAGGAGUUGAUGCGGACAUAAACUUCAGUAUAAGUGAUUAUGACGAAGAUAUGAAACAAAUGAAAAAUCUAAGUAAAGAAGAGUUUGUCCAUGUUCUUCGUCGACAAAGCACUGGAUUUUCUCGCGGAGGUUCGAAGUUAAGAGGAUUGUCUCUUCAAAAAUAUGGAAGAUGGGAAAACCAAAUGAGUCAAAUUAUUGGAAAGAAUGGAAUUGAGCAGAGGUCAUACAAAGGGGAUACGAUGGUGGAUUCAAACAAUGGAGCUAAUGGGCAUAAUCUUGAUUUGAGCAUCGGAGGAAUUUUCAACUACCAUUUUACUAAUUCUCCUCAAAAGCUCAACAUUGAGAGACCAAAGAAUGAAAACAAUGGUUAUGCAUGUGGUGUGGCUGUGGGUGGACAACAACAACCUCAUAUUCCUCCUUCAAUGUGGUCUACUUUUUACUCUGGGUUUUUACCAAAUAAUGAGGAAAAAGGGAGAGAAAAGAGAAACAACGACCCGAUGACGAAGAUGUCUACGAGUUGGGGAUGGCAAAUGCCAACGUCAACCACGAUGUCGAUGUCGAUGCCAAUGGCAAUUCAAGGAAAUAUAAUUAGUGGAAAAAACAACAACAACAACAGUAUGAGUAGUAAUGCAGCAUCAUCAGGAUUCUCUUCCUCUUCUAAUUUUGGUUCACUAUAUGCUCAAAACAACAACGCUCUCCACAGUACUCACUGCCCCAAUAUUUCUUGACAAUAGUGUUAUUGUUAUUAUUAUUAUUAUUAUUAUUUUGUGUGUUUCUUUUAUUUUUCUUUUUUAAUUUUUUUUUUUGGAGCUAAUGAGAGAAGAAAUUAAUUGUUAUUUAUUAAGUCCAACCCCAAAUUAAUGUCAACUAUUUUCCACUUUUUUCUAGGGAAAAAUUUGGAGUUUAUUCCUAUGUACAUACAAUUAAGAAGCAUGAUUUGAGGUUGGUUGCUUUUUGUAUUGUAACCAAUUUGUAUGCUCAUUCCAUUUUUUUGAA